ACAGCAUUAUGCUGCUCUGGUAGUGGUGGUGCCAAAGGCUCGUGAAUCCGGAGCAGAUGUGAAUUUCGUUUUUUGUGUUCUUUUGGCAUUCUAAUCUCGGUGGCCAAGCGAAUACUUAUCGCUAAAAAUGACGAGAGGUCGAUAAUUACGCGUGCCGCGAGCCAGUGCGUCAACAGACACCAGAUCGUCCAGGACCAAGGUGCGACCGCGGAUUUGUGACCCAGUGUACCCCUUCCGCGGGUGUUGGUGCAAAUGCCUAUUUUUAGGUGCAGCCUGAGUACCUAGUCGUAACAAUUGGUGGCAAAGGUGUGCGGUCCUUGCAUUUGGAACAAUCGAUGCUUUCAACCGCGUAGAUUAGCCUGGAAGGAUUAGUGUUUCAAAUUCGAACUGGGCAGAGGAAAUCGAAGGCAGACAAAAUGGCAGUGCUGGAUGAGCGUGGCAUCUUGUACGUGAUAGCCGAUCUGCUGUCCAUCGUCACGAUCGCGUCGUGUCUCAUCUCGAAGGUGCCGCAAAUACAGACGGUCCGGCAGCUACAGUCCGCGACCGGGUUGAGCGUUAAUGGGCUGCUGAUGGAGCUCUGCAGCUACACCGUUACGAUGCUCUACAACUACACAAAUGGUUACGCUUUCCUCUCGUACCUGGAAUAUCCGAUCCUGUUGGUUCAGGAGUACGUGUUGGUGUACUUCGUGCUGAAGUACCAAUCGCUACUCGGCCAACGAGCUUAUAUGUGGUCCGGGAUUUACUGCGGAGUGUUCGUUGGCUUCGCCACCGGUCUGAUUCCUUCGUCCGUGUUAAUGAUGCUUGUGCCGUUCACAACGCCGGUCGGUGCCACUAGCAAGGUCAUGCAGCUGAUCGCCAUCCUUCGCUCCAAGGACUCUCAAUCCGUUAGCCUGAUCACGUGGGGCAUAUCGGCGUUCACCAACUCGACACGCAUUUACACGAUCAUGCUGGACUCGGGCGACAAGAUGCUCCUCUCCAACUUUGGCAUCUCGACCUUCCUUAGCUCGGCCGUGCUGCUGGCCGCGUGGUACUACAAGAAACCAAAGAAGGAAUAAAGCAAAGCGCCUGGUAAAGCCCGCUUAACAUUGAGACGAAACAAUCUGACCCUCCUGAUAUCAGCUUAUCAAUUGACCGCUUUCACGCACUCUAGACAAAUUUUAACUACCAAAAAUCACAGUGUUACCUUCACUGA